UUUGAUAAGAGAGCCAAAAACCGAACAAAAAGUGGCUUGAACAAAUCUACAGUAACCGAAUUAUUAUAUUGUAUUCUGUAAAUUUUUCAUUUAAUUUCUCGUGAUGUCUAGUAAUAUGUCACAUCGAUCAGUUACUCCAAUUAUUAACUUUUUAAGAACACUUCUAAGGGGUAAACCUCUUAGGUUGAAUUCUUUAAGAUACGCUGAUGAAAUUGCUGCUCGUACUCAGCCUCAACCCAUGAUUCCCGCUGGACCAUACGGGAGAGUAACGAAAAUUUAUUAUUUUCCCAGAGAUUCCAGACGAAAAGUCGAGCCCCCUAUUUCUGUUGUCAAAAGUCAAGCUUUGUUUGAGAGGAAGUCUCAACCUGAAUACCUCACACCAGGAAAAGUGUACCAACCACGUUGAAAAUUACAAUGCAUUGUAAUCAGUGGAAGACAUCCUCUUAAUUUCAUGUGUGUCGAUAAUCAACUGACAUAGAUAUUAACGUACUUCAGUUUGCUUGAAAAUAGAAUUGAUUAAAUGAU